UGCUGCCUGAUCAUAGCUGGGUCAGUUACGAGAGUCUCCAUGGAUCCAGUCCUGGUUUUGGUGCUCAGUCUGUCCUGUCUGCUUCUCCUCUCACUCUGGAAACAGAGCUCUGGGAGAGGGAAGCUCCCUCCAGGCCCCACUCCUCUCCCAAUUAUUGGCAAUUUCUUCCAGAUAGAUGUGAAGUAUAUUCAACAAUCCUUAACCAAUUUAUCAAAAGUCUAUGGCCCUGUGUUCACACUGUAUAUGGGCAUGAAGCCCACUGUGGUGUUGCAUGGCUAUGAGGCAGUGAAAGAAGCUCUGGCUGACCAUGGGGAGGAGUUUUCUGGAAGAGGAAGGCUUCCAAUUUUUGACAAAGUUGUUAAGGGCCUGGGUGUUGUUUUUAGCAGCGGAAAUAUAUGGAAAGAUACAAGGCGCUUCUCACUCAUGACCCUGAGGAAUUUGGGCAUGGGGAAAAGGAGCAUUGAGGACCGCGUUCAAGAGGAGGCACAGUGCCUUGUGGAGGAACUGAGAAAAACCAAAGGCUCACCCUGUGACCCCACCUUCAUCCUGGGCUGUGCUCCCUGCAAUGUCAUCUGCUCCAUUAUUUUCCAGAAUCGUUUUGAUUAUAAAGAUCAGGAUUUUCUUAACUUGAUGGAAAAACUGAGUGAGAACACCAAGAUUCUGAGCUCCCCCUGGUUGCAGGUUUGCAAUACAUUCCCCGUUCUGCUUGACUUUUGUCCAGGAAGUCAUAAAAAAAUUUUUAAAAAUUAUGCUUAUAUUAAAAGUUACUUUUUGGAGAAAAUAAAAGAACAUCAAGAAUCAUUGGAUGUUACAAAUCCUCGGGACUUUAUUGAUUAUUUCCUUAUUAAACGAAGGCAGGUAAAGAGUUAAUAUACAUUUAUGCAAUU